AUGUCGGCACCUGAGCCUGCGAAACCUCGCCUUAAGAUCAACGUGAGCCGAUCCUCCUCCUUCGUCGCUGAUGUAAACACAAGUGCGACACCAUCAGCGACCGAAGGAGGACGGAAAGUGAAACUGAAGAUAGGCAAACCCUCAACGCCUGCUGAACAACCUCCCACGAAGACCAAGGCUGGACGGCAACCGAAGCCUACCCAGAAGCUCGUCGAGAGUAAGAAGCGCGCAAACGAUGACCUCGACGAGGAGUUAGGGUCGGCGCAUCCUACCACGAAAAUAAAACUGAAGGCGACCAAGUCAGGCCUCACACCAACGGUAGUGGUGAAACCCAAGGGGCGCGCACCGGUUCACCCGCCUGGAGAUGGCUACGACUCAGAGGCGAGCGACAGAGAAAAGGACCCAUCGAUCGAGGAACAAUUCGUACUGAGGAUGAUGCCAGGAGAGCACUGCGAUUAUGUCCGAUGGUGUAUGGAGAAUGGAAAGAUGGGCAUUCCCCGGAGCUCAGGAGGAGCAGACAUCCAACUCAGAUUCUUCGAAGAGGACAGUCGACGAGCGGUCGUGACAGUAAAGGGCCAACCCUUUGCUGCUGUCAUGGUAGACUUACCCACGAUUACUGAGGCGAUGAAGACCUGGGACCGAAAGUCGUUCCUCAAAUCUGCCGAUAUUUGCCAAAUGCUUCUGGUCUACGCCAAGAUUUCCAGCGAAGCCGAGGCUAGGGAAGCGACUCUGCCGAGCAUGAUCGACCAGCAUUUCAGAUGGCCACACGGCCUGACGCCACCCAUGCACGAUUGUGCAAACCGACGAUUCGCAAAGACUAUCAGUCGUAAGGAGAUUGAGGACAAGGAAGCGGAAGUCGAACGCCUGCUUGCUGAGGACGCUAAGGCUGGUUCGACGCGCUGGGAAUGGGUCGACGAGACCAAGGACGAUGACGAUGACGGCGCCGACGAGGAUGCAGACGGUGAGAUUGACGACACUAUGGACUACUUCCAGAGCCAGGAUGGAUUGUUCGGCGGCGAAGGUGAAGGUGACGACGACCUAGAAGCCGACCUGGAGGCCGCUUUCGCUGGAGAAGUCAGCGCCGAGACUCCUGUCACAGGUCCGGAUGCGCCUACGCCUAUGACCACCACCCAAGUGAACACACCUGCGCCCCUACAGGACAGUAUCGAGUCAGACGAAUCAGAAGAAGUUUCGGACGACGAUGAUGAUGACGACGAAGAUUUGGACGACGAUGCUCGUGCCCAGCGUGACGAGGAACAGGGUGUCAAGGAUAUUAUCAAUGACCUCAAGAAACAGCUGGGUAACAAGCAAGCUGAGCUGGCACGCACUACGAACAAGAUCCUGCGAACUCGCAUUGAGCAAACUAUCAAACAGCUCAAGGCAGAAAUCGAGCUCAAGAACUCGUCUAUUGGUAUUGAGACAGAUGAUUAA